ACUAAAGGUGGGAUUAUUAGUUUACAAUUUUCAUUUAAGAAAAGACAAAUAUUAUAUGUUGAAUGGGUAAAUCGUGAGUCUCUUACAGAAAGCUAUCCCCGUUCACAAAUGGCGGCAAUUUCUCUCUCCUCCCCAUCAAUCACCCGCACACACUUCCACUUCUCUCACCCCCGCAUCCAAUCACAUCACUUCCCGCUAUUUUCUCUCUCCUCGAUCCACCUCCGCCGCACCACCAACCUCCGACUGUUAACUCCGAAGCAGAAAUGGGCACCAGCAGCUUACGUACACGGACCCGCUUCAGACUAUUCGGUAUCUGACCCGAACCCGAACCCGGACCCGAAAGUCGAGGGGUUUGGGAGAGAGAAAGUUGAACCAGAAGUUGCCAUAAGUUGGGGAACUUUCUGGAAUUUGUUGGUGGACCAAAAAUGGCGUCUUGCUCUUUGUGUUUCUGCUCUUGUUGGGGGUACUGCUUGUACCCUUUCUAUGCCUCUUUUCUCAGGGAGGUUUUUUGAAGUUCUUUCAGGAACGACACCCGAGCCUUUGUGGAAAGUAAUGAGUAAAAUUGCAUUUGUAUAUUCAUUAGAACCAAUCUUCACUGUGAUAUUUGUCAUAAACAUGAACAAAAUUUGGGAGAAGGUUAUGUCUGUUUUAAGAGCUCAGAUAUUCCGGAGGAUGUUAAUUCAAAAGGUGGAAUUUUUUGACCGCUACAAGGUUGGGGAACUGACUGGAUUGUUGACCUCUGAUUUGGGGUCUGUUAAAGACAUUGUCAGUGAAAAUGUUUCAAGGGACAGAGGAUUCAGAGCACUUUCCGAGAUUGUUGGAACUAUUUGCAUCCUGUUCACUCUUUCACCACAACUCGCACCAAUAUUGGGUUUGCUUAUGCUUAUUGUCUCCAUUUUAGUAGCUGUUUACAAGCGGUCAACUAUGCCUAUCUUUAAAGCUCAUGGUUUGGCACAGUCUUCAAUGUCUGACUGUGUGACAGAAACAAUUUCGGCCAUUCGCACUGUGAGAUCCUUUUGUGGGGAAAAGCGCCAAAUGUCAGCAUUUGGUAACCAGAUACUUGCUUAUCAGGCGAGUGGCAUUAAGCUGGGGACUUACAAAUCCAUUAAUGAAUCAGUGACCCGAAUUGCAGUUUAUGUAUCAUUAUUGGCUUUGUAUAUCCUUGGAGGAAACAAAGUUAAAGCGGGUGAACUCUCAGUUGGAACCGUGGUUUCUUUCAUCGGAUAUACCUUUACUCUGACAUUUGCUGUUCAAGGAUUGGUUUAUACAUUUGGAGAUCUACGUGGGGCUUUUGCUGCUGUCGAGAGGAUUAAUUCGAUUCUCUCUGGGUCAGAAAUUGACGAAGCUCUUGCUUAUGGUUUAGAAAGACAGAUUCAACCAAAAGAUGUUCAGGACGAAAAGUUUCAAUUAUUUGUUGUCAAUGGAUUUGAUGAGAAACAGCAAUCUAAUCAUAUGCAUUACAUGUCAGCCUUGGGCUCAUCAAGUGAUGUGUAUAACGUAGCCUGGUCCGGUGACAUUAGUCUUGAAGAUGUCCACUUUUCUUAUCCAUUGAGACCUGAUGUUGAGGUCCUUAAAGGUCUUAACCUUACAUUAAAGAGUGGAACUAUUACUGCUCUUGUGGGAUCAAGCGGUGCAGGGAAGAGUACAAUUGUACAGUUGCUGGCACGUUUUUAUGAGCCAACCAGUGGCCGCAUAACUGUGGCUGGAGAAGAUGUUAGAAUGUUUGAUAAAAGUGAAUGGGCUCGAGCUGUCUCAAUAGUGAACCAAGAUCCAGUUCUCUUCUCUGUGUCUGUUGCAGAGAACAUUGCAUAUGGUCAACCGGAUGCUAAUGUAUCUAAGGAUGAUAUAGUAAAAGCAGCAAAAGCCGCUAAUGCUCAUGAAUUUAUCAUAUCACUCCCACAGGGUUAUGACACUCUAGUUGGUGAGCGUGGAGGUCUCCUUAGUGGGGGGCAAAGGCAGAGAGUUGCAAUUGCGAGGGCGCUUCUAAAAAAUGCUCCAAUUUUGAUUCUUGAUGAGGCUACAAGUGCCUUGGAUACAGUUAGCGAGCGUUUGGUCCAGGAUGCUUUGAAUCAUCUUAUGAAAGGAAGAACAACAUUGGUAAUAGCUCACCGUUUAAGCACAGUCCAGAAUGCCCAUCAAAUUGCACUUUGUUCUGAUGGGAGGAUUGCAGAACUUGGGACACAUUAUGAAUUGUUGUCACAAGAUGGCCAAUAUGCUUCAUUAGUGGGAUCCCAGAGGCUUGCGUUUGAGUGAAUUUGCAGUAUAUUACCAUAAUGGCUGUCAAUGUCCAUCAUAAAGCGCUACCGAAGGUGGAAAGAAGAUAUGCUUCAGUUUCAAAGGGAUACUUCAAACACUAUAACAAGAUAAAGAACUAAGAAAGUUCUUAGUACAUUUCUCAUCUAAAGAAGCUCAACAAUCAAUUGUUACAGUCGGCUGCUGAUUCAUUGCUGUAAAACAUGGUAAGAAACAAUGGGAAUUUCCUUUUAUUGCAUGCAACUUUCAUGGUUGACUAACUAUUUGAUAAAUUGAUCCUUCUGUGCGCUUUGCUUUGGUUCUCUUUCUUAUUUUAUUUGUCCCAGAACAUUCGAACUUUUGGGUUUGUAUUGAGUCUAAACUAGAAAUAAGAUAUAGUGGCUUUCAAUCUGGUGAGGCAUUCAGAAGGCAGGCCAAGAGCUAUAUUUAUGUAGUUGUCAUCAAGAAGAUCAACUCAAGCCACACUGAUCAACUUGCAACUCCCAUCUUUGCCAGCCUCUGCCCUCGGUUGCUCAUUGUUAGUGCUCUGGUGCUCCCUUCAGCUGUAAAUAUCAUAUCUAUGGGGAGAGGAGGUUCCUUAUGGAAACCAAGAGUUUGGAUUAAUUUAGUUCGACUUGUACUGGCAAACUGCACAGCAUAAAGUUGCUGUUCGUUUCACACAAACAGCUUUUUCAAAUCAAUGAUUGAAGUCGUAUGUAGCAGAGGAUUAGCUGUGGAAUUGGUCUAUUUACAAUUUUUUAUCUGAGUAUGCUGAAGUAAUUUUUAUGGUAUUUCUUAUCCAUAUAGUCAGUACUCAGUAUGUACCUUUCCAGAUUCCUCGUUGGAUGAUUUCAAAGACGAUAUCAGUCUUCACAAGAGGGUGGGAGCAGGAUUCACCCUUUAAACUGUGGUGUUGUGAUUGUCAAAAUCUUAUCUGACUGGAACUUGGCCUUUGACUUAAUCGUUCUUGAUUUGAUAUGGUUUCUGGUCCAUCUCCCACUUCCGUUAUAGCUGUAAUGAAAUGUGCAGCUUGCAGCCAUUCAGUGUCUAAAUCCUUCAUUGUUGUAAUACUAUUGUUUGAUAAUUGUGUCUAAGAAACAAUAAUUUGGUUUACAGCGAAAGAAUUGGAGCACUGCAUUUCUGGUUGCUGGCUGAAGAAGACUCAAAGGAUGAAGGAGAUAACCAUUGAUCCUGUUUGUAGAUUGGAGUUUUUUCUUUAGUCAUGUACAAGCUGUAAUUAGAGUUGUAAUAUUGGUACUAGGUGUAUUUAAAUACCUGCUCACUCUUGUUUUACAAAAAAAACAAAUCUCUUUUUUCAUGCAAUUAACAUUCAAAGCA